GCGCGGCGGCGGGACCAGCCCCGCGCGGGGAGCGGGCACCAUGGUGCUGUCGGUGCCGGUGAUCGCGCUGGGCGCCACGCUAGGGACGGCCACCAGCAUCCUCGCGCUGUGCGGGGUCACCUGCCUGUGCCGGCACAUGCACCCCAAGAAAGGGCUGCUGCAGCGGGAUCGGGACCCGGAUCCAGAAAAGGCGAGACCCGGCGUGCUCCGGCCAGCCCAACAGUUCAAUGUCCAGAAAUCCACGGAACCCGUGCAGCCCCGGGCCCUCCUCAAGUUCCCGGACGUCUAUGGCCCCCGGCCAGCCGUGACAGCCCCGGAGGUCAUCAACUAUGCGGACUACACGCUGAGGACCACGGAGGAGCCUGCUGUGCUGGCCAGUCCCCCGGCCCCGAACGACAGCCGCCUCAAGAGGCAGGUCACAGAGGAGCUGUUCAUCCUUCCUCAAAAUGGUGUGGUGGAGGACGUCUGUGUCAUGGAGACCUGGAACCCAGAGAAGGCUGCCAGCUGGAAGCAGGCCCCCAAACUCCACUACUGCUUAGACUAUGACCAGCAGAAGGCAGAGCUGUUUGUGACUCGCCUGGAAGCGGUGACCAGCGACCACGACGGGGGGUGUGACUGCUAUGUCCAAGGCAGCGUGGCCAACAGGAUGGGCUCUGUGGAGGCCCAGACGGCCCUGAAGAGGAGGCAGCUGCGCACCACCUGGGAGGAAGGCCUGGUGCUCCCGCUGGCGGAGGAGGAGCUUCCCACAGCGACCCUGACGCUGACCCUGAGGACCUGCGACCGAUUCUCCCGCCACAGCGUGGCCGGGGAGCUCCGCGUGGGCCUGGACGGGGCCUCUGUGCCUCUGGGGACUGCCCAGUGGGGCGAGUUAAAGACUUCAGUUAAGGAGCUGUCUGCAGGAACUGGAGAGGUCCUUCUAUCCAUCAGCUACCUCCCAGCUGCCAACCGCCUCCUGGUCGUGCUGAUUAAGGCCAAGAACCUCCACUCUAACCAAUCCAAGGAACUCCUGGGGAAGGAUGUCUCUGUCAAGGUGACCUUAAAGCACCAGGCCCGGAAGCUGAAGAAGAAGCAGACCAAACGGGCCAAGCACAAGAUCAACCCGGUGUGGAAUGAGAUGAUCAUGUUUGAGCUGCCCGACGACCUGCUGCAGGCCUCCAGUGUGGAGCUGGAAGUGCUGGGCCAGGACGAGGAGGGGCAGAGCUGUGUGCUGGGCUGCUGCAGCCUGGGCCUGCACGCUUCUGGCUCUGAGCGCAGCCACUGGGAGGAGAUGCUCAAGAACCCGCGCCGGCAGAUCGCCAUGUGGCACCAGCUGCACCUGUAACCAGAGCCUGGGCCGCCUUCCUUCUUGGGCACAGUCCCACCCGUCAGCCCAGCUGUCUUCUGCGAUCUCCUUUUUGUGCCCCAUCCUCAUUCUGACACCCAGAAGACAGACAUGUUUGCAAAGGCCAGGUCCUUAUUGCUCUCUCAUCACACUCCUGUUCCUGAAAACUGAGCAAGGCGGUGUGUGGAAAUUACACCCGGGUCGUGCUGAGCAGUGCGUUUCACUCCUCUGCAUUGCUCCAGCUUAGCAAAUCCAGCCCAGGUGCAGAUUUUGCAGGUAGGGUCAGGUGGGAUCCAGAGAAAGCUUCAUUUGGAGGAAUAGUGGAUGCAAAGAAGAGAGAGGAUGUGUGUGUGUGUGUUUAAAUAAGCAUUGCAAAAAGGGUAAAAGAAAGAAAAGAAUCCUGGACCAACCCAUAGAAUUCGAGAUUGUCAGGUGGGAUGAAAUCUUAGCCAGCAUCAAGGCACACUCCUGACCCGAGGCCGGGACCCAGUAGCUCUCAAACCUUAUUGUGUGAAGGAUCAUCAGCAGCUUCCUGGGCCCACCUGUAGACAUUCCAGAUCCGUAUCCCUGGCCAAGACCCAGGAGCCUGCAUUUUUAACAAGCACUGGAUGGUUAUCCUGCUGGGAUUGGAGCCCUGCAGAUGGAGAAGUUCCUGUUACAAUGUUCCAGAGGGUUUUCACAGUCCUUGUCAGGGCCCCAGCAUUUUGGAGGCAGCCAGCUCCCAGACUGGACACUUCAAACGUUCAAUGUGGAAUUUGGGAGUCUCUGUUUUUUAAUUAUUGCAAUUAAGUAAUUAAUAUUUUCAUCUGUGCUUUCAGAUUCUGUUCUUGGACUGAAUUGUGUGCUUUUUUUAUUGAGUAACUUUACUGUUUUAUCUCAAAAUCAGUUUAUGUCCUAUUUGGGGAGAACUUCCCUGACCUUACAGGAGGGAUCCUCUAUUAGUGGACUAGAUUCUGAGCCCCAGUUGUCACUUCCACCAGCAUCGCCAAAGUGACCCUCUGAGACAGCCCCAUCCCUUCUCGGCUUUCCAGCCACUUCCCGAGGAAGUCAUUUUGGGGCACAUGUUAAUUAGUUUAUUAUACCCGGUUAUGUGAAAGUAGAAAGAAAGAUGACUUUAAAUAGGAAAUGAAGUCUUUUGCAAAGAUACCUCUCUCCCUCAGUUUUUGAGACUUGCCACUUUAAAUGAGUCAAUAGACAUCAGCUAGAUUUCAGAUUCCUACCUUAUUAUUCCAAAUAGAUGUCCACAGCAUUGAUUAAACCUGAAAGAUGAGUUUUGCUCAGUGGAUGUGGUCUCUGCCUGUGAACCAGGAUUCUGGGCUCUCUGUUUGGCCACCUGCAAAAUAGUCUGGAUGACAUAGCGGCUCUCUGGGAAUGGUAAGGUAGAUGAAAUUGUGCCCCAAAGCUGGAGACACCCCAGGCUAAAAACAAAUGGAGUCUACCAACAAAUCAUCUUUAAGCUUUAAGUUGGUACCUGGCAAUGCCUAGAAAGUUCCAGAAUCAUCCCAAGAAUUUCCAGAACCAUGGAUCUGCAUUGGGACACUUCCAUACCGACAUCCAAAUUCUGAAUCUUCAGCUGUCACACCAAGCCCCUGAUCUAAAAGCGAAUUCUAGACAAGAGGGCCUCCUGUCCUUGAGCAAGUCAAGCUGUUCUUGGUCUCUCCCAGAGACUCUGAGGAACAUUACCGCCUCUUAUCACAAUUUUCCCUUUCUGUACAGAAGCACAGAAGCAUUAGAAGUAACUUCAACCCAUCCUAUGAUAGAAAAGAAAAAAAGCCUCUAGUUCCUCUUCAAUGGGAAAGUCUUUUAGAUAAUUAGAAAUCUUGAUAAUUAAGAUUGACUACCUCCUGCCAAAUAUUUUGGUUAGUGAUUUCCUAUAACAUGUUUUUGAAACCCUCCUCACCACUCUGGUCCCCCUUUUUGGGCUGGUAUGGCUAAAAGAAAACAAAAGAUCCCCAUGGAAGCUGAUCAGUAUUCUCAGCUACUGCCAUCGAGAAAAAUCGAUUCUGCACUUAAAACCAGGAAACAUGGGUUCCACAUUCUUAGAAGCCCAGGCCUGCCUUAUAGUCACACCAAAGGGUAUUUGAGGAUGGCUGGGCAGGACCCCUGAUCCCAGAAAUGUCAACCCUCUCCAUGGCCCCUCCAUCAUGACAUGUUCAUUUAUUUGGAUCUCAAAGGUUACAUUUUCCAGAAUCCAAAGUACGGGUUGCCCAAGAUAGGAGUCACAUUCCACCACUGAAAGCCGUAGGUUUCAGCCACCAUGUGACUUAGUAGUGAUGGACAGAGAUGAGGCAGGUGAGCAGGUUAGCACUGUUGUGCUCACUGGUAUAUUCCACGCACCUCGGAAUGAAGCUGGCACGGGCCUUCCACAAAUGUCGAGGGAACCAAGGAAUGAAGGAUGGAUGGGGGCGUAGGCAGAAAAAGCUGAAAAUGGCAUGAAAAUCAGAGUCCUGGCAGAGUUCUCAAUGGCAAAUGCAUCAGAUUCUCAGCAGUUGGCCUAGAAAUUCACAUUAUUAUCACUCACCUAAUGACAAUUCAUAGCUCUCUGUGUAAAUGUAAUUAAUAACAGACAAGAACAUAAUCACUGUGCUUUUCUACCAAAUCUCCAUCUUGGUGAAUUUUACAUUACCCAGAGAUAUCAGACUGCCAAAUUGAAAAACUUCAGUAAUCUUUGCAUCAGCUUACCUUGAACCAGAUACAUUUGCAAUUUACUACCAAAUGAGAGUAACUGAGUCUGUGUGAAUGCGUCUGAUCCUUUUUUUGAAAGGAACACCUUGUAUUUUUCCAGGGAGCAUUUUCUAAGAAGAACAUGAAGCAGAGGUGAAAAUAAAAUGAGAAGCCAUCUCGGCCAAGGCUGUUGCCCACAGUGUGACCUGGUUCUUUCCCAGAUACAGCAGUGGGACUAGAGAGUUGGGGGUCCACCCUCAUUAUUCUGUGACUCCACUUCCUACAUCAGAUCAAUAUCUAUUUGUUCAGUGCUUAUUGACUGUCCUUUUCAAUUUAAAAUACUACUCUUGGUGUAGGUCGACUGAGUGGUCAUCCUAAAUGACACCCUGUGGGGAGCAUAAGAUGGGAAAGCAGUUUUGGGGGGUGAUUCCUUUGGGGUUUAAAGGAGUUCUGGGUGGCAGUGGCUGCAGCCCAAGCCAAAUUGAGGUGAGGACCACCCAAAGAGACAUUUAGUCCUUGUGAAUUGUUUCUGCCACCUGCGUUUCCUGUUGUCGAUGCUAAGUGUGUGUGUUUGUUUUACAAAUCAUGAACCGAAGCACAAAAAGACGCAUGAGACAUUGUAGUCGUGUCUGGUGUCACACUUUGGAGCAAAAACCAUCCAGUGGUAAAUAAAUCAUUUCCAACAGGGUCAAUUGUCUGGGGUUUUCUUUUUUCCUUCUCUAUAUCCUAGUUAUAUAAGAUGCUGAAAAGAUCAUUUGCUCACUGCUUCACGAUCUAUUUAAUAAAACUGGAUAUGUUCGAGUACAGUUGACGUCUUAUCAUCCCUUCCCUCAGUAAGCCUUCUUGAUAAAGGGAUAAAGCAUUUCUUUAUCCCUCCACCAUCUUUAUAUGUAAAUUCUAAGCACUACAAAGUAUUUUUUGCAUGUUUUUAACUUUAUUUGAAAUGCAUCUCACUGCAGUUAUAUGCCUCUUAGUAACAGUUAUAUGCCUCUUAGUUUCAAUGACAGCUCUCAUGUAUAAGAGUGUUCCGCUUAGCAUGGAGUGGGCUAGGCCAUGUAGGCUUGUGUAGUUACCUGUGUUCAUGUAAUAAUGUAACCACCCAAUGAGCAUUUCUCAGCACACAUCCCUGUCAUUAACCUACACAUGACUUUCAUCUUGUUCCACAAUAAAAUUUUGAGCUUUGCCCACACAGAUAUAGGA